GGGAGAGGGAGGGGGCAGGACAGGACAGGCAGAAGGGGGGAAAGGGAAAGGGAAAGGGAAAGGGAAAAGGGAAAAGGAACGAAAGGGAAUUAAUUGGCAAAUUGGCAAAGCAAGCAAGCAAGCAAGCCAGCCUGGAGACAAGAGACUCAGAGAGAGAGAGAGAGAAAUCAGGAUGGAGUCGAUUAGUGCCUGGACUAAGAGCUAAUCGCGAACAAUAAUGUCAUUGGUAUGUGAGACAGCAAAUAAUAAUGCAAUCUCACCUGUCUCUAAUCGGCGUAGACGAAGACCUAGAUCCAGUACCUCCUUUCGAACCCAAAGCUUGUUCUGUUCUUUUCUUGUCUCAUUGCGUGGCUUGAAUUUAGUGAGGGAGUUAGUUACAUGCUACUAUCUUAGUUGGUGGUUACUGUCUUCGGUUGAAAUCAGAUCUGACCACUAAUAUGACGAACUAACUCGGGUUGAACGACGUUGAUUAUCGGCUCAUCUUCCCUUCCAGCCUCCAUCUGUUUCCAUCUAGAAAAAUCAAAUCGAACCCGAUCAUCGGUCUCGGGGAGGGAACUUUGUUUCCAAAAAAAUACCAAGUACAGUGUGAGAGGUAUAGAGAGUGAUCAAUAUGGCACUUCUCGGUGUCCAGCCCACGAUGAUAAUAAUUUAAAAUUAUCGUUCUAAAUAUACUAAUAUAAUAAUGACGAUGGUAAUAAUU